GUGUAUGAUAGUUGGCCUAAGCACUCAAUCUUCUAGUGCCAGAGGAGGGCUGAAAACAUGGCUUCGAUUUCUUGGAUGAGUUCAUCUUUGCGCGGAGGAGGGUUGGUUUUUCUUCAAAAAUCUAAUAACAGCAUCCUCAAACUUAAACCAAAGACUUGUUUAGUCUGCAAAGCUUCAUGGCAAGAGCUCGCGGGUGUGUUAGUUUUUUCUGCAAUCCCUUUCACGGCGGUGACAGCCAUUGCAAAUAGCCCGUUAGGAGAGUGGCUUCAGAACCGCAUGUUGGAGACCAAGAAAGCUGCACUUCAAGAUUCUUCUAAGUUCAAGGCCUUGGCCCAAAAGGCUCGAAAUGAGAGCUUGUGGUACGGGGAAGAGCGUCCUCGGUGGCUUGGUCCCAUUCCAUAUGAUUAUCCCUCGCAUCUUUCUGGAGAAUUACCUGGGGAUUAUGGCUUUGAUGUUGCCGGUCUGAGCAAGGAUCCUGUGGCUUUCCAGAAAUACUUCAACUUUGAAAUAUUGCAUGCUCGUUGGGCUAUGCUUGGAGCUCUUGGUGCUCUAAUACCGGAACUUUUAGAUAUGUUUGGAGCCUUUCACUUUGUUGAGCCAGUCUGGUGGCGAGUUGGGUAUUCCAAGCUUAAGGGAGAGACAUUGGACUACCUGGGCAUCCCAGGUCUCCACUUCGCUGGAAGCCAAGGAGUAAUUGUGAUUGCUAUUUGCCAAGCCCUCCUGAUGGUUGGACCAGAAUAUGCCAGAUAUUGCGGGAUUGAGGCUCUGGAGCCUCUGGGGAUUUAUUUGCCAGGCGAUAUUAACUAUCCAGGGGGGGCAUUAUUUGACCCCUUGAACCUGUCCAAGGACCCAGUAGCCUUUGAGGAGCUAAAAGUGAAAGAAAUUAAAAAUGGACGUUUAGCAAUGGUUGCCUGGUUAGGGUUUUAUGCCCAGGCCGCAUUGACAGGCAAAGGUCCCGUACAAAACCUCUUUGAUCACAUUUCAGAUCCAUUUCACAACAAUCUGCUUUCCAUUAUCAAAUCAAUGUAACGGAUUUUGCUGUAUAUCGCGUAUACAUAUACUUUGUAAAGCUCUCUUAAUGUAUAAUGUAUUGUAUUGCUCAU